UAGUCACAGAUACAAUAGCAGCCUCAGCACUGGAAGCAUGGAAAACAAGCGACAACCAGAUCUUUUGGAAACUCAGCCACUGCAGGAAACAGAUGAGGAACUCGCCGCUGACAUUGACUAUACAGAGAUAAUAUCUGAGGAAGAAAAGGAAGAGCUAAAGAAUGAACUGACCAAGCUGGAAGAUGAAAUAGUAACUUUACGUCAAGUGUUAGCUGCCAAAGAGAAGCACCUGGCAGACAUAAAGCAUAAGCUGGGAGUCAGCGUGAUGAAUGAACUGAAGCAGAACUUCAGUCGUGGCUGGCACGAUGUGCAAACCCAUUCUGCGCCCGGCCCAGCAGUGAUGUCAGCCCAGCCCAGGAAAGAAGGAGCGCAGGGAAAUCAGCUGAGGUACAAGAAGACACAAGAAACCUUAAGCCAAGCUGGGAUGAAAGCUUCUGCUGCAAUAACAAAUGUGGGAAGUGCCAUUGGAAAGAAGCUAGGAGAUAUGAGGAAUUCUCCUACAUUCAAGUCCUUUGAAGAGCGUGUUGAGAACACAGUGACGACACUAAAGGCUAAAGUAGGAUCCACAAAUCAAACUCAAGGAAGCUUUGAAGAGGUUCUGAGUUCUACCGCUCAUGCCAGUGCCCAGAGCUCGUUGGCUGGAAGCCUCCUGCCUGAAGCUGAGGAAGAAUUACAGUGAUGAACCUACUGAAAAGUAAUAGCUGCUCAGUCAUAACGCAUCGCCUCAUGUAGAGUAACGUUAUGAAACCGUUUGUCAGACAGCAAGUGUUUUUGUUUUAAUACAAUUUAGGUAAUGGUGUAUGCAUUGUACUGAUCCAAAUGAGCACAUCAAAUCUUGGAGCUGCUAUUCAGUUUUGAAGCUGGAAAAAAAAAAAAAGUACUUUCUCUUUCUUGGGGUCGCUUCACACACAGUUUUGUUCAUAGCUUUUUUUCGGGCCAAAGAACACAUCUCAAGAACCGCCUGAUUUGAUCAGCGCUUUUUGAGGCGUUUUUGCCCAUAAAGUAUGUUACCACCUACAGUUCCUUAAUGACAAUUUUUGCAUGCCUACCAUUUUCUUUUUUUAUAGGGAAGUAUAUGUGCCCCCUGUCAUGUCACUGCCUCUGUAUGGGGAAAAAAAUAUUCUUAAAAAAUAUCAUGCAAAAAUGCUAUAAAUACCAACACACAUUACACAUUUUUCUUUUUAGGCUGCAUAAAAAAAAAAUGAGGGAAAAAACACCACUCAGCCCAUGUUGCAAUUUGAAAUGCCAUUUACCCAAAAAACACGCCUUAACACUUAAAAGAACACUUGUUUGUCCUAUGUUUAAUCUUUCCCAUAGACUUCCAACUAAUGUCUGAAGCUAGCAUUAUUUUCCCUAGAAAACAGCAGCAAAAGAAAACGCAGCUUAAUUGUCAAAAACACCUGUGUGAACCCACCCUUUCAGGAAGUCAUUGCCCCCUUCCAAAUGUACCCUUUUACUGUUAGUUUGCCAAUUCUGAUCUGAAACCGUUCUGAUAAAGAGAAUGCAGGAACCUGCGAUACGUAGAGUCUGAGGUAGCACACCAUCUCAUCAUCAGACUACAGUCAUUAAAGGGCAUCUGUCACCAGAUGUGUA